AUGGAGACCGAGACCGAUGAAGUCUUUGAAAUAAGCGAUUUUACCGUUGUAACUGAGAGUGAAUGCUUGAUUGUUGCCUUGGAAUCACAGAUAAAUGAAUGGAAAUUACAAGGAAGAAGGCCAUCAGCUCUUAGGCUUAUUGACAAAGUAAGUUGUUUGUUGGUUUCUUGUCUAUUUUUAGGGAUUGCGUCAAAAGUACGCUGAAGUAAAGUAUAAGGAUGUCAAUUAUGAACUUGUUUUGUAUCACUUUGAACAUCACGGAGGAGAAGAAGAUCUAGAGCAGAAGGAAGACAAUGAAGAAGAUCAAUUCGGUUAUUUGCCCACUGGAACCAAAGAGAUGAUCGAGCCAGAGUUUGAUUUCAAGGGCGAGGAGAGCGUCAUUACUCAGGUUAGUUUGUACUUAUAUAUUCAAAAUAAAUCUAAUUAAUGCUGUUUUAGUACGGAUUGUUGGAACAUAUGAUAGUUCGGUCUAAGUACAAUGAAUCUUUGAUCUCCAAUAUAAAUCUGCUUCUAGAACUUCAAAGUGCUGUGUUGGUUGCUACUGCAAACACUGAUUGGUAUGAGACUUUACUUCAAACACUGAUUGGUAUGAUUUUAUUUGUUUUUUAGUGAAGUCCCAGUGUUAAUUCAAUACGGAAAAGAAGAACGGAGCUUAUAUUUGGGUGCCUGUCAGAACAAAUCGAUAAGGACAAGAUUUGAAGGGUUUAAUUUGGAGAGUUUCUUCGCCAGACAUUCGUUCUUUUCUGGGAUAUUAAACAUGUUCAAGGACAAAGUGGUAGGUAUUGUGGAUUUCUCGUUUGACCUUUUCCACUAUUUUGUUGAAUAUUUUUUAGGAUUGCCCGCUGCCGAAUUUCCCGACGGUUUCAACUUCUAUUUGCUUUGAUUACGUAUACAAAUACAUGUCUUUCGAAGAUACGACAAGUACAAUAAGUGAUGUAGAUCCAUUCCAAAUGUUCUUCGGUGCUGAGAACAACAUAAUCAAGUGAGUUUUAUUUACACAAUUGUAUUUAUUUUUUUAGUGAGCUCAAGCUGAGUACAAUAUGGCCAAAGUUGAAUGACCAAACGAUCAAUGAGACCGAAACUUUCUCUGAUCUUGAUCCUCUCCUCGCUCCGAGAUGGAUUCUCGGAGUAAAGUUUAAUCAUGAAUGUAAACAACUUUGUAAGGCUAUUUUUUUCUGUUAUUGAUCUUUUAGAUAACUCUUUGAAUGAACUUUUGGAUGUCCGAGAAGCAAGUACUGGAGAUAUUAAGGUCUCAGAUUUUGUGGAGUAUAAGAAUGAGGAUUCCAAGCCAAUGGGGAAUGCGCUCAGUGCGUUAACCCAGGAUCACACACAAAAUGAAGUGACUUUUGUCGGAAAUACUACGUCCAGAGCAAUGAGGACCGUGAGUUUUAGUCUUUGAAUUAAUUUUUUUUUGAUUAUUUUAGAGAGAUUACGCAAAGGGCAAACUAAAGGAUGUAAUCGAAAACGAAUUUAAAGCUUCCGAGAGCACCGAACCCACUGAAUUUCACAAGAAAUUCUUAGAAGAUCUAAGUCAAUGUAAAUCUGCUCCGGAUGAGACUUUGGUCUCAAGGAUCUCGGUCGUUUUACUUAAAUGUUUGUUGAGUAAUCGCGAUCAGAUUGACCGAUUUGCCGCCGUUUGGUUUGAAUUUGUAUUAUAUCUGCGGAGUUGUUGGGAGAAUGCAAAAGUUAUUAAAGGGUACGUUUAUAGCCCAAGUUUUUAAUGGUAAAAUUGCAGCAUCGAUGAGAAUGCCCGUCCUGAACUGCAAUAUUGUAUAUUCUACCAGAAAGUCCAGAUGAUUCAAUUCUGCAUUCAGACGAAACGGAAACGUCACGCUCUGAUGGAUGAAGGUAAUGGUGUUCAGGCUGUGGGGCUUAAUUGUAAGUCUCCAGAAAACAAAUGUUUUUUGCGUGAAAUUUGAUAAACAAUUUUAUUGCUGAUAUAAUUAAAUUUUGAGUCCUUUUUUAGCUUCAAUCUCUGAUAUCUUUUAUGACGCAGAAGAUGAGCCCUCUCUCUCUGAAGACAAUCUUACCGUUCCGGGCACUAGUACCACUCCUUCUGGCCGUUCUCAUCAACUUGAUGGAGAAUUUCUACUUGAUCGUAAGGACACGCCGAUUUAUGUCCCAAUCACCCAAGAUCAUGGCCCAAUGACGGAGGAUAUGAUUGAAGAGAGAGCCCGAUAUCUUGAAUCAUUAGAUACAGAUAAAAGAGUCCGAGCUCAACUAGAUAAUGUCAUAUCGGAUAUGCAAGCAUUCAAAGCAGCGAACCCCGGAGCACGGAUCGAAGACUUUGUGAGAUGGCAUUCACCGAGGGAUUGGGUGUUGGAUGAAGAUGGGAAUGGGAGGUUAUCAGAGAGGAUGAGUUUGGAGAAUAAUAUAUGGGAGGAAUGUUGGAAAGCAGCUAGACCUAUCCCUGUCUCAGCACAAAUUAGAUUAUUCAACGAAGCCAAAGAGGCCGAGACAAUUCUUCAUUUAUUUGAAUCUCUGACGAUCAGAGCCUUGAUUGAUCUGAUUGCUCCAGUUAUUUUCCAUCAAUCAGCCCUUACAUUACUUCAUAAUUGCGAUGGGAACGGAAUCAAAUUAGUUGGGGAAAAGAUGAAUACAUUCUUGCAUCUUCUGCAGAACGCUACGGUAACAGGAUCCCCAGAGGAUUACUUUGAUACCCAUAAUAAAGUAAUGGAGAUUGAAAUGCCGUUGGCCCGACUGCAGACAUUGAAGGAGAUGUUCAGCAAAGAAGUGAGCUGAUUUUUUCUGUUUUUGAGUUUUGUUUUAUUUAGUUGCUUGAAGUGAGUACGAUGAGAGCCCAAUCAGUUGAUGAGGAAAUGAUGAACACCAUCUUGCUGGAGCUUUGCCGCGACUUCCGCUCUCGCGUUCUGGAUGCUCCGAAUGGCCCAAUAUCUCUGUGUGUAAGGAAUAUUCUGUAUAGAUCGAUCGAAGAACAAGAGGCAGAACACCCGCGAACUUCGAAUGACAGUUUCUUCUCCGGGAAGCAACUGAAGUUGCCGCCCCCUCAUAGGUAAGGGACCGUGAAAUGGUUUGUAAUAUACAAUGUCUUCGUUAUAGAAAGCAAUAUAUUCUCCGUACAAUAUGCUCCCGGCCCGGUGUCGAAAGCCGUCUUGUCCCACAAAGGAUGUAUGUUUGUGUUGGAAGAGGCCAUCUCCGUGUUUGUGGAUCUUAUACCGAUGACUUGACAUUCCGAUGA